CCCGAAUACAAUCGAUAAGAGUACAUACAUUCAUAAUUGCGUUGUUUACGACGAAAACAAUCACAAUUUCUAGAAAUAAACAAAACUUAAAUUUAAUAUAAUGGCUUCCGAUGGUGAGGACAUCAACGUAACACCAGCAGAAUCUCUUGCCUCGGCGACGGACACCGAAGAUGAGGAGAUGGAGCCACAAUUGCUUUCCGAUCCGGAUUCCGAUGUGGAGGACUUGGAAGUGGAAGAAGUCCCAGCAACUGCUGAAGACGCUGAUAUGGAUGAACUGCUGCGACAGCUAGAGGACUACACGCCCACCAUUCCAGACGCCCUGACAAUGAACGCUUUAAAAAUGGCGGGAUUUUUCACCGUGGACCCACAAAUUGUGCGCCUCAUCUCCGUGUCGGCCCAGAAAUUCAUCUCGGACAUUGCCAACGAUGCACUGCAGCACUGUAAGACGCGCACCACGAACAUCCAACACUCCAGUGGUCACAGUUCCAGCAAGGACAAGAAGAACCCCAAGGAUCGCAAGUAUACACUGGCCAUGGAAGAUCUGGUUCCUGCCCUCGCCGAUCAUGGCAUCACCAUGCGCAAGCCCCAAUAUUUCGUUUAAGUUUAGUUCAAACAGAAAGUUUUAUAGUUAGUAGACAUUUGAAAAAGUUUGUGUAUGCGAUCUAUACAAAUAGAUAUAUUUUCUUUCAAGAUUUUCAAAUAA